CCUCUCUCUCUCUCUCUCUCUCUCCAACUGCAACCAACUGGUUGAAACGGACGAGGCAAGAAUGACACUCUGCUAUAAAUGCAUUGUUCGCAUGUCUCUUCACCACUUUACUCUCCUCGUUUGCACUACGACGCCGAUACGGAAAAAGAUGGAAAUAACGCCGCACUUGACUUUGCCGUGACUUGGCCGGGCCGGGAGGCGGCGGCGCCGAGGGAGUAUAUGAGAGCCGAGGGGAAAGAAAGUGCGAGGGGGGCGGACUUUAUCCUUCUGCUCUUUUAAGUGAGAACUUCAUGUGUUGUUCUCAAAAGUACAACUUAGUCCCGGUGAGUUGAUGUUUUCCGUUUCAUUUCAAAUAUAUGUCUUCUGUUUUUUCUCUGUUUUUUACUUUUCGGUGGAGCAUGAUAUAAAAAAGCGAUGUGUGCGCACAAGAGACCAAACCCUUGCAUUUCUCUGAGAUGUUUUUUUUAAGUUUAUCCAACUUUUCUUCCCGUUGCUUUGAGGUGGAAUAUAAAUUACACAUAUUUUAUGCGAUAUUUUUCCGGGGAGAAAUAUUUCCGUCUCUGGAAGGAUGGUCCUGAUCAGGUUAUUCCUUUUGUGUGCCGUUAAGUUUCACGCCGGGGAUGCGGAUUUUGCCAUCAGUCGCUCCGCGUUCAAGGCUUUCGCUCCACCUGUAAGCGAGCGGCUUUACGCACCUGUCCACCGCACUAGCGGGAUCGUGCGGACCAUUGACCGGAUUUACCACGGAGAUGGAAAAGUGGGAUAUCUGUUAUAUUUGGACGGCAGGAAAUUUCAGCUGGACAUGGAGAGGGAUGAGGCGAUAGUAUCCCAGCACUUCAAGUCUAAGUACGUGAAAGUGCUGCAGGGCAUGGACGGCAGUGCCCAUCCAGCAGCGCACGGCGGAUGUUUUUACCGUGGCACGGUGGACUCUAAUCCCGAAUCGCUGGCCCUUUUCAAUCUGUGUGGCGGCGGCUUUGAUGGGUUCUUUGCAGUGGACAACCGCCGCUACACGGUCAGGCCGCUAAUCAGGGCGAAGGGACACGAAAACGGGGCAGGUGCAGCAGGCGACGCGGUGAUGGAGAGAUCGGUCCAGUACUACAGCCGGGAGAGCUUCAGAUUCGUGGCGGAGCCGACGAAGGAAAGCUGCGCGACACGGGACCGGAGAGGACGCAGGGGUAGUACGGAAAAGCGCCGGGGUCGUAAGGGAAAAACUCACAAGCAUGAUCUCGAUUUGGAUGCACUGCGAAGCACGACGCAGGACAGCAGGUGGUGGUUCUCCAACAUGCUCUCCGGGACCUCCGGUAAGAGGCGCAAGAGGUCGAUCUCCCGGGCGAGGCACGUGGAAUUACUCUUAGUGGCAGACGAGUCCAUGUCCAAGAAAUACGGCGAAAAUCUGCGCCACUACCUCAUGACCCUCGCCUCGAUCGCGUCCAAGCUAUACGGCCACGCAAGUAUCGAGAACCCCGUGCGCCUGUCCGUGGUCAAAGUGGUUGUAGUGACGGACAAGGAGAAGGGUCUGGAGAUCUCCAAGAACGCGGCCGCCACGCUGAAAAGUUUCUGCAAGUGGCAGAAUCAGCAGAACCCGCUGGACGACGACCACGAGCAUCACCACGAUGCCGCAAUCCUCUUCACCAGGCAGGAUCUGUGCGGGCACCACUCCUGUGACACGCUGGGCAUGGCAGACGUGGGCACCAUCUGCUCUCCGGAGCGGAGCUGUGCCGUGAUCGAGGACGACGGCCUCCACGCCGCCUUCACCGUGGCCCAUGAGAUAGGUCACCUCCUGGGUCUCUCCCAUGACGACUCCAAGUUCUGCGAGGAGCGCUUUGGCUCCAACGAGGACAAGCGCCUAAUGUCCUCCAUCCUAACAUCCAUCGAUGCCUCGAAACCAUGGAGCCGCUGCACCUCUUCCACCAUAACUGACUUCUUUGACGACGGACAUGCGGAUUGUCUCCUGGAUUCCCCCCGCCAGCCUCUGCUGGGUCCAGAAGAGCUGCCAGGCCAGAGCUACGAUGCCAUUCGCCAGUGCCAGCUGGCCUUUGGUCCAGAAUACACAGUGUGCCCAGGUAUGGAUGUAUGCGCCCGUCUCUGGUGCGCCGUCAUCCGCCAGGGUCAAAUGGUCUGCCUCACGAAGAAGCUGCCGGCAGUGGAGGGCACCCCCUGUGCCAAGGGACGCAUAUGUCUACAUGGCAAGUGUGUGGACAAGACCCGCAAGAAGCACUACACGAUCUCAAACCAUGGAAGCUGGAGCUCAUGGGGGUCCUGGGGUGAGUGCUCACGCACAUGUGGGGGCGGGGUGCAGUUUGCACACCGCCAGUGCAACAAUCCCGCCCCCCGCAACAACGGCCGCUACUGCACAGGCAAGAGGGCCAUCUACCGCUCCUGCAAUGUCACGCCCUGUCCUGCUUCCAGUAAGAGUUAUCGCCAGGAGCAGUGCGAGGCACGGAAUGGUCAACAGGUGGACCCCAAAGGGGUGAAGUCGUUUGUGGAGUGGAUGCCCAAGUACGCUGGAGUACUGCCUGGGGAUGUGUGCAAACUCACCUGUCGGGCCAAGGGCACAGGCUACUACGUUGUGUUUUCCAACAGGGUGAUUGAUGGUACAGAGUGCCGGCCUUUCAGUAACUCCGUGUGUGUGCGGGGGAAGUGCGUGCGCACCGGCUGCGAUGGCAUUAUCGGCUCCAAGCUGCACUUCGACAAGUGUGGCGUCUGCGGCGGGAACAGUACAAGCUGCAUCAAGGUCAUGGGCAACUUCACCAAGAAGAGCAAGGGCUACACAGAUGUGGUGAAGAUCCCUGCAGGCUCCACCCACAUCAAGAUCCGCCAGCACAAGCCCAAGGAUCAACCCCGAUUCACAGCCUACCUGGCCCUUCGUAAACCUGGUGGAGAUUACCUGAUCAACGGCAAGUUCAUGAUCUCCACCUCAGAGACCAUCAUCCAGCUCAAUGGCACGGUGCUCAACUACAGCGGCUGGAGUCAGAAGGACGAUGCCCUGCAGAGUCUGGGCCCCGGGGCCUUAGGAGAGAACCUGGUAGUCCAGAUCCUCGCAACAGAUGCCAAGCGCCCGCUCGACGUGCGCUACAGCUUCUUCAUGCCCCGACCACCUCCCCUACUGACCCAAACUUCACCACCUGUGCAGCGCACUCCCCAGCCACAGUGGGAUACAGGGCCCUGGCUGGCCUGCUCCCGAACAUGCGAUGCAGGCUGGCAGACACGCACCGUGCAGUGCAAGGACCCACAGGGACGGCUGGCUAAGAGCUGCCCGUUGGAGGAGCGGCCCUCUGCAUUCAAACAGUGCCUGAUAAAGAAGUGCUGAGGCCAAAGCCGGCUGGCCACAGCCACAACUAGACAUGGGCCGCCCCGGCUCAAAUGCAUACGGAUACACCCAGGACUUCACCCACUAGUCUUUUUUCGUUUUUGUAUCAAAUCACCCAUUAUUAUCACAGUUACCAUUAAUCAGCAAUGCAUUAUUAUUUGAUUUUUGUUGUACUCAUGUCAUCAUUGUGUGUCUGAGCUCUUGACCAGGGCUGUGAAAUUAUCCUACCAUCCAUCUAUGCACUUGCUAUGCUUACACACUAAAGGGACGAGCCCUGGGGGUAAAAUAAUGACCGGAUUGGACAAGAGUGAGGGGCGGAAUCCUGAUCCAACAGUUCAUAAUUGGACGACAGCUCUGCAGCAAAGGAAUCAAACUCUGCUACAAUAGGGCAGGACUGGACUAUACGGCCCCAGCGUAAAAGGACUCCAGUGGGAUGGGCUGACACUAAGACGUCAAGACCAGGGGCAAAGCAAUGCACCAAUGAGAGAAGAAUACACAGAGAUACCAAUAGACUGAAACUGACUUACAAUAGAAACCAUUGUCUGGAGUUUCAACCCCUGAUGCCAUCGACUGAGGAUCUCACUGCAUACGGACCAAUGGCGGGUGUGACUUUGGGGGGGGGGGGGGGGGCGGUUGUGGAGCGAGACAUGGGUAAAACAUUUCACCCUGCAGCUCCUCCUCACGGGCACUCUGUGAUGUCUGCUUAUAUGACUGUGUGCGAUUCUCCUAUCCGAAGGUCAUCCCAACUUCGUUCCAGCACUUAGUACGUCAAUGUAAUGCAUCAAUCGCGCUUCUAUGAGUGACUGUGUGUGAUGGUGCACGGAUCCGGGGAGUUUGAAACACUGGCGUGCCUGACUGUGAGCAGAGGUUACUUUGAGUCUGUGAGUGCGUUUCUCUGUGCACGCAUGCCAAACUGCAGUCUUGCUAUACUGCAGUGUGUUAGUCCAGCUGAGCUUCUCCUGUCCACAACCAGCUUGAAACCCAAAAAGCGGUGGGCCCUCCACCCCUGUCACUAAGUUUGGUGUUCUGCGCUUGUCCGUCUGUCAAUUUGUUUAGGACUUUUCAGAAAACCAUUUCAUAAAAACAAUCAAUGCCCUGGAUACUUGCAAAAAAAAAAAGAAACAGGUAGAGGGAAACUUGCUUUUGCAAUUCUGGUAUGGGGAACACAAACUGGAAUUGUUGAAAUUUUACCCAAAUCAGUUUUAUUUGUUUUAAAGACCUCUCUAAUUCAAUCAGUUGCACUUACACUCACACACACACACACACACAUACACACACUAGCCAAACAUUUAAGCUCUUUAUGAAUACUGACACUGCCUUAAGAAGUGUCAUGUAUUUAAUAACCAAGACCAUACCGAAAUCAUCUCCCAAUCUACCAUUCCAUCUCAUAAUUGGAACCCUGCCCGUUUCAUGGCAUUUGGACACAAAUAUAGAAACUGAAAUUUCUACAACACCAUGUAGGGUCUACACACCGAGUAACUGUACAUGAGUCCUCAGCAUGAAGCUCCAGGCCAUUUUUAACCUAUAAACUUUAAUAUCCCUUCCCCUGUUCUUGUUGCGGUUCCAAGCACCUAGACUCAUCUCCUAAUUGGGUGUGAAGACCUUUUGACGCACCUACACAAUACAGGGAAUGGAGAUAAUGCAGAGAAUGAGACAUCUUUCCUCCCUCUUUUGACAUUGGUUUACGUGACUGCCUGGAUCACUGCCGAGCAAAAAUAAACACCCACAUACCUGAACUGACACACACGCACUCUAUCAAGUACUGUCUGACACGCCCACCACAGGGAAAAAGACCCUACAACGGAAUGACAGGAACACGGCACUGAAAUUAUAAUUUAUUGUUUGUACAACCGGUAUGUGAAAAACCAUGUGAUGAAUUUAUUUAUUAUUAUUGUUGUUUAUUAUAAUUAUUUAACAUGGAA